AUGAAUAUCGAUUUUUCGAUGAGAUCACACACAUCAAUAACUGUGGCCGCUAGUGGUACGCAUGUAUUUCACGAUCAUCCCAGCCACAUCACGGUAGACCACGUGCCCACCAAUACAGUAAAAGGCAGGAAGGGAAAUUCAAGUGAACUGAACGUGAAACAAGUGUUUUCUCAGCUCACAAACCGCGCAGAACGUAUCGGAGACUAUACGUUGAUGAUGUCGCGCAAGUUUAUUGCCGACUUCGGUUUCGGUGGUCGCCAGGUUUAG